AUGUGGCUGCGGCUUGGCCCGCCCUCGCUGUCCCUGAGCCCCAAGCCCACAGUUGGCCGGAGCCUGUGCCUCACCCUGUGGUUCCUCAGUUUGGUUCUGAGGGCCAGUACACAGGCCCCAGCACCCACAGUCAAUACUCACUUUGGGAAGCUAAGGGGUGCCCGGGUACCUUUGCCCAGUGAGAUCCUGGGGCCUGUGGACCAAUACCUGGGAGUACCCUACGCAGCUCCCCCAAUUGGCGAGAAACGUUUCCUGCCCCCCGAACCACCCCCAUCCUGGUCGGGCAUCCGGAACGCCACACACUUUCCCCCAGUGUGCCCCCAGAACAUCCACACAGCUGUGCCCGAAGUCAUGCUGCCAGUCUGGUUCACUGCCAACUUGGAUAUCGUCGCUACUUACAUCCAGGAGCCCAAUGAAGACUGCCUCUACCUGAAUGUCUAUGUGCCCACGGAGGAUGUAAAGCGGAUUUCCAAGGAAUGCGCCCGAAAGCCCAACAAGAAAAUUUGUAGGAAAGGAGGAUCCGGCGCUAAGAAACAGGGCGAGGACUUAGCGGAUAAUGACGGGGAUGAAGAUGAAGACAUCCGGGACAGUGGUGCUAAGCCCGUCAUGGUCUACAUCCACGGAGGCUCUUACAUGGAAGGGACAGGCAACAUGAUUGAUGGCAGCGUCCUCGCCAGUUAUGGCAACGUCAUCGUCAUCACCCUGAACUACCGGGUUGGGGUGCUAGGUUUCCUGAGCACUGGAGAUCAAGCUGCCAAGGGCAACUAUGGGCUCCUUGACCAAAUCCAGGCCCUCCGCUGGGUGAGUGAGAAUAUUGCCUUCUUUGGAGGAGAUCCCCGCCGUAUUACCGUCUUUGGCUCAGGCAUCGGUGCCUCCUGUGUCAGCCUCCUCACACUGUCACAUCACUCUGAGGGGCUUUUCCAGAGGGCCAUCAUCCAAAGUGGUUCUGCUCUGUCCAGCUGGGCUGUGAACUACCAGCCAGUGAAGUACACCAGCCUGCUGGCAGACAAAGUGGGCUGUAACGUGCUAGACACCGUGGAUAUGGUAGACUGUCUUCGGCAAAAGAGCGCCAAGGAGCUGGUAGAGCAGGACAUCCAGCCAGCCCGCUACCAUGUGGCCUUUGGCCCUGUGAUUGAUGGUGAUGUCAUUCCUGAUGACCCUGAGAUCCUCAUGGAACAGGGCGAGUUCCUCAACUAUGACAUCAUGCUAGGUGUCAACCAGGGUGAGGGUCUCAAGUUUGUGGAAGGGGUGGUGGACCCUGAGGAUGGUGUCUCUGGCACUGACUUUGACUAUUCCGUCUCCAACUUUGUGGACAAUCUGUAUGGCUAUCCUGAGGGUAAGGACACCCUGCGGGAGACCAUCAAGUUCAUGUACACAGACUGGGCAGACCGUGACAACCCUGAGACCCGCCGUAAAACACUGGUGGCACUCUUCACUGACCACCAGUGGGUGGAGCCCUCAGUGGUGACUGCCGAUCUGCACGCCCGCUAUGGCUCACCCACCUACUUCUACGCCUUCUACCAUCACUGCCAGAGCCUCAUGAAGCCUGCGUGGUCAGAUGCAGCUCAUGGGGAUGAAGUACCCUACGUUUUUGGUGUCCCUAUGGUAGGCCCCACUGACCUUUUCCCCUGCAACUUCUCCAAGAAUGAUGUUAUGCUUAGUGCUGUCGUCAUGACCUAUUGGACCAACUUUGCCAAGACUGGGGAUCCCAACAAGCCGGUCCCUCAGGACACCAAGUUCAUUCACACCAAGGCCAACCGCUUUGAGGAAGUGGCCUGGUCCAAAUACAAUCCCCGAGACCAGCUCUACCUUCACAUCGGGCUGAAACCAAGGGUCCGCGAUCAUUACCGGGCCACUAAGGUGGCCUUUUGGAAACACCUGGUGCCCCACCUGUAUAACCUGCAUGACAUGUUCCACUAUACAUCCACAACCACCAAAGUGCCACCCCCGGAUACCACCCAUAGUUCCCACAUCACCCGCAGGCCCAAUGGCAAGACCUGGAGCACCAAGCGGCCAGCCAUCUCACCUGCCUACAGCAACGAGAAUGCCCAAGGGUCAUGGAACGGGGACCAGGAUGCAGGGCCACUCCUGGUGGAGAACCCUCGUGACUACUCCACUGAAUUAAGUGUCACCAUCGCAGUGGGGGCCUCCCUUCUAUUCCUUAACGUUCUGGCCUUCGCUGCCCUCUACUACCGUAAGGACAAACGGCGCCAGGAGCCCCUGCGGCAGCCUAGCCCUCAGAGGGGAGCUGGUGCCCCUGAAUUGGGAGCUGCUCCUGAGGAAGAGCUGGCGGCAUUACAGCUGGGCCCCACCCACCAUGAGUGUGAGGCCGGUCCCCCCCAUGACACAUUGCGCCUCACUGCAUUACCUGACUACACCCUGACCCUGCGGCGCUCCCCUGAUGACAUCCCACUCAUGACCCCCAACACCAUCACUAUGAUUCCCAACUCCCUGGUAGGGCUGCAGACAUUGCACCCCUAUAACACCUUUGCCGCAGGGUUCAACAGUACUGGGCUGCCCCACUCACACUCCACUACCCGGGUAUAG